GGAUCAUUGGUAGUGGCUUUUGUGUACAAGGAUCUGCAUGACCGACUUCUGACGGAUCAACCCAUCAGGAAUGAAACAGUCAACAAAAGGUCAUGAUAUUUUCAUCUCCUUCUAUGUCGCUUACCCCCCAAAACACAUAAUAUGGAAACAUAAGAUUAAAGUUCAACCAAACUGAGUUUAGAAACUUUCAAAAACCUCAUAUAGGGUUCGAAGUCUUCCUGUCUGUCUCAGAAAAUUCCAUCUUCAUAAAAAACUCGCUUGAAUCUAGCAAGAGUAUAUGUUUGUUGAUUCCUCGAUUUUUGGUUCAUUUUCAAAUAUAAUUUCUUCAUAGGUAUAUCAACUCCAGGAUAAUGGCCAUAACUAUAGACCCCAAGCCUAAUAAAUUGCCAGAAAAUGUCAUCCUUAAGUUCAAAAACCUAAAGGUAACAUUAAAAUUAGUUGCUACGCGCUAUUAUGAUUCAUUCUGACUAGAUAAAAUCUAUUUUCAGGUUUUGACAGCAGAGAAGCGCUGUAUGUUUUGGACUGGCCUCAGCAAAAGGUAAAAAAUACCUGUAUAGUAUUUCUUCGUUCUAAAAUUAAAUUAAGUAUGGCAGAGUAUGAAUGAAAGGUCAUAGUCAGAUGUUUCCCGGAGGCCAACACGUUGUCGUUUUUAGAGAGAGAAAGUCUGACUCAAAUGUUCUCGCUGCUAAAACUACAAUGGAGGAAAAACCUAGCGCAAAUUGUCAAACAUCACCUCUUCCCCAAACGAUGAAUUAUUUUGCGUGCUUUGUUAAUUUAAAUUUACAGGUCUGAGGGAUUUUCAGAGGAAGGAUGCCAUGUAGUUAAAUCACAAAGCAACUCAGAAGAAACAGUUUGCAGCUGCAAUCAUUUGACGCAUUUUGCCGUCUUAAUGGACUACGACGGUAGCUUAAAGGUAAUCAAAUAAUUUUUGCCUUACUUUAUCAUUUUAUGGGCUCAAUUAACUACAUCAAUGUUCUCCUUUAAUUUUUUUUCUUUUUUGACAUAGCUCACCAAGGAGGACGAAACAGUCCUGAAAGUUAUCACCUACGUGGGACUGAGCCUUUCCAUCGUCGGGAUACUUUUAACAUUAAUACUUUAUUAUUGCCUCACGUAUGUAAUGUACCUGAAUAUUGAUGACGUAGAUUCUCAUCUCCCCUCAACUAGGCUAGAGAGAAAAGAGAUCUCAAUGCAAAUCUCCAUGCCAAUAAGAAAAUACAUGUCGGCCGAAUAACUCACAAAUUCUAAGUAGAUUUCAUGCCCCAUUAAGAGCGCUUGAAAUGCUCAUGGUUUCACGGUUCAUGAAUUGUUUAGGGUUUAGCCAUUUUCCUCGAAAUGCUUUCCUUUUUUGGUCCUUUCUAGAGCUCUUCACUGUCUUUUUUUUUCCUUUGCUGUCAAGAUUUAGUUGAUAUCUUAAGCCACAUUUUGCUGUAUCUUUUGAUUAAAUUUUGUGGUUCUUGCUGUACUUACCUAUUAUUUCAUCAGAGAUGUUCGUCAACCUCUCUCUCAAAUUCGACUGAGUGUUUCUAUGUCCCUUGGAGCUGGACAGAUCAUCUUCCUCGCGGGAAUAAACGCAACAGAAAACAAAGUUAGUGGCCUCUCUUUCAUAUCCAUGGAAUGAAUCUACUCUUUGCACCAAAAAUAUCUUAUCUAAAGGAGCGCGAUAAGAAUACGAAAAAAUCUUUCUCUUCACAGGCUGCUUGUGUUACAAUAGCAGCUCUGAUGCAGUAUUUCUUGAUGGCCGCUUUCUGUUGGAUGCUGAUCGAAGCAAUUUAUCUCUACCUCUUCGUUGUGAAAGUUUAUAAUAUCAACGCCAAGAUGCACAUGUAUCACGUCCUCUCAUGGGGUAAGUUUAUUAUUUUACAACAUGCACAGGUAGCUAUAACCAUGCAUCAGUGCUUUCGGAUCGCCAAAACCGGUGUUGUCAUCCAUUGCAGUGUUUGUAUUUCCUUUCUUUCUCUAUGGGUAGGUCUUCCAGUGAUCAUGGUGGCCAUUUCACUUGGCAUCGCUGCUGGGAAAGAAGGAUUACAAAGCUAUACGAGUGAUAAAUAGUGAGGAAAAAUUCAACGGUUCCUUCUUUACAUUCAUUAUUACAUUCUUUCUUUUGUGUUUUUGUGUAUAGUUUUAAAUCAGUAUCAUUUCAUUUGUUAAAAAUUUGUCUUUCUUUCCUGCCUUUCAUUUCUUCGAGUUUAGUUGCUGGCUUUCCUCGACUAACAACCUGACCUGGAUAUUCGUCGCCUUUGUGACUUUCAUUGAAGUUGUAAGUUUAUGAUUCGUGUUGGUGAUUAUGAUUGGUAUACUUGGACUAAUUUCAGCCAAGAGACGUUUUCCUCUGCUCUUUAAAAAGCGAAUUAAACCUUUAACUCCCAGGAGUGAUCAACAUGAAACUUCUCUCUGUAAUAGCCUUACAUUAUACAGGAAACAGCGAAUGAGAAUAUGUAAACUUAUCAGGUAAAAGUUGUUGCCUUGAUCUAUUACCAAAUUCUCAUAACUAUUUUUAAAAAUAUUUGUAGCAGCUAGAGGGGAGAAUCACUAAUCAGAUCUUGGGAGUUAAAGGGAUAAGUAUUUAUGAUAUGACCCCACACAAUACUUACCAUUUAUCUUUUGCUAUUUACUCACGAAAAACUUUAGAAGGAGCUGCUGUUUACUGGGAUGGUUGUCAAUUUUAACCUACUGAUGGCCUUCAAUAGCGAGAAAAACCUUUAAGACAAUGUCUUCACAGGCAUAAAAUAGCUUCAUAAAUUCUCCAACUUUUACUUUAUUGCGUAAAAAAAAAUCCUCACUGCCUCCAUAUUAACGUUCUCACACUGUUUCACAUUGAUAUACGUACCAAGAUGAUGUUUUGCGCAAAAAUCACUGAUUAAAAGAAUUUAAUUAAAAAAGACUUUAACAAAGAUGAAAUAGCAGGGAGAGUAGGAGAUAUUGAAUUUAUGUAAUUUAACAUGAGGCUUCACGUACGGUUCAUUCAGUUUAGACACUUUUGUUCGCAAUUUCUUUAGCCCACUGUCAGAGGAUUGAAGCUCAUAAUUGAGGUCCCCUGGCUGGGAGUUCUAUUCCCUGUAAAUGACUCUUCAUUCCACUCUCCUUACCAAACUAAUGACGUCUUUGGCAAGGAUCCUUUCUUGCUUUUUCGACAAUCAUAUCUAAACAAUCAAUUUAUUCCUAUCGUAUUUUUAGCUCAACAUCUUGAUACUUGUAAGCGUUAUAAAGGAAAUGACCAAAUUGGUGCAGCCAACAGCGGAAGACAACAAUUUUCAGCAAGUACGGUAAGACCUGCAACAUAAAACUAAAACAAAAUAGUGGACAAGAUUGCCAUGUGCUCCUGUGAGGCGAUAAUCGCCUAACUUCCCCAUUCCUUAAUCAGGAAGGCAUUCCGAUAUCUAACAAUGAAAAUUAUUUGUCAAAUUAAAAUAAAAGAAUGUCUUUUCUUUCUUUGUUUUUAACUCCUAGACUUGGCAUCAAAGCAUGCGUGGUGAUAAAUCCCCUGCUGGGUAUCACGUGGUUAUUUGGUCUCCUUUUGCCUGUGCAUAAAGCUUUUGCCUACAUCUUCACCAUACUCAACUCUACUCAGGUGAGUGUUCAAUGGUUACUCUCAAAAAUCAUCCAAUCUUGAUUGAUUGAUUGGAUUUGUCAAGCAAGCGAGACACCAUUACAAUGGUUACAUAAUAUUUACUGGAAUUAUGAAAACAAAAAGCUGUUAACUAUGCUGAAUAAAACAGAUUUCUUCUUUAUUUCUGCAAUUCUUCCUAAAUUUAUCUUCAUUUGCAUCCAAAUAGAUAUUUCCCUAAUUUUUUUUAAAUAUGUUAAAAAGGAAUGAUCUGAAAUCAUGCUUAUCCUGCAGGGUUUCCUGAUUUUCGCUUUACACUGCAUGCGAAACAAUCAGGUAAGAAAAAAAAUGAAGCUGUUUCUACACUAACUGAAUAUCAUUAAAUUGUAGUCUUUCAAUAUAUGUGUGAGUGCUCAGAACCAAUAUUUAUGUUGCUCAUCUAUCUGCAGAUCAAAGAAAGAUUCAAAAGAAAGAUGAACAUCGUUUUUCCAUCUUCAAUAAAGGACAACGCCACAAGGAAGUGCUCACAGGUCAAACAAGUGAGAUUGUACUGA